UCUAUCCAUCUUUGUAUAUGAAACAAUGGUUCUAGUCAUGAUACCUAGUGUAUAAAUGUUAUCCUUGACUUUAUGCAAAGUCUUUUUUUCCCAUUCUUUUGCUUUUUGCAAAUAAUACUUAGACCAGGACAUGGGAGAAGAGAAUGACACCAUGGUGGCUGAAUUCAUCUUCAUUGGCUUCUCCAAUCACCCCACAACAAGGAUGGUAUUACCUGGAUUCUUCCUUGUGGUCUAUUUGAUAACCUUGUUCGGAAAUGGCCUAAUCUUCCUCCUAACCUUUUGUGAUCCACGCCUUCACAUCCCCAUGUACUUCUUCCUCAGUAAUUUGUCCCUCCUUGACAUCUGCUAUUCAACAAGCACUGUCCCACCAGCAGUAGUAAACUUCUUAGUUAAGAGACCCAUCAUUUCCUAUGCCCGGUGUUCCUGCCAGAUGUUAAGCACACUCUUCUUUGGAUCUACUGAAUGCCUUCUGCUCGCAGUCAUGGCUUAUGACCGCUAUGUUGCCAUCUCCAGCCCACUGCGUUAUACACUCAUCAUGAGUAAGACAUGCUGCAUUCACAUGACUUUGGGGUCAUGGGCAAUUGCCUUCCUGCUCACGGUCAUCCCAUUUUUCUUCAUGCCAUUACGGUUCUGUGGGAAGAAUGAAAUAGACCAUUUCACUUGUGAAGUCCUUGCUGUAAUGAAGCUGGUUUGCUCAGAUACCUUCAAGAAUCAAAUCUUCAUGUUUGCCAGUGCAUCAUUUACCCUGCUUGCCCCUUUCUUCUUCAUCAUUUUCUCUUACAUGCGCAUCAUCACAACCAUCUUAUGGAUCCACUCAGUGGGUGGCAGGUCCAAGGCCUUUUCCACCUGUAGCUCCCAUCUGACUGUGGUGAUCAUUUUUUAUGGCACAGCCAUUUUCAUGUACCUCAAACCCCAGUCCAAGUCUUCUCAAGAGCAGGAUAAAAUUAUUUCUGUGUUUUAUGGAAUUGUGACUCCCAUGUUAAACCCUCUAAUCUAUACUCUGAGAAACCAGGAGGUGAAAGGGGCCCUGAGAAGAGUGCUUCACAGGAAGGGAGAGCCAUAGAGUGAAUUUUAUAUUUUUGUCUUCCUUCUCAUAUGUUCAUGGUGUGUUGACUGAGACAUUUAUAUAACAUCUCUAA